AUGUCGUAUCCCGUCUUCCGUUUCGGAAGAGCCCAUUCGGCUGUUGGCAUCCUAGGCUGGAGCUUACCGUCAGGCUACCCAGGCCAGCCUUUUCCCUACCGCGUAGGGAAAAUACUCUUCGGGCGACGGCAUACCCCGCCAAAGGCUGCGGAAAACUACCACUUCCAAGAAGAUAUAUCCGUGUGUCCGGGGCUCGCAGACAACAUCAAAAACAAGCACAUCUUGGACAUGUGCCUGGAGCACCCCCCAGCACCCGGCAUCACCCAAGGCGGCUUGCCCAUUACUCCUCCCGACAACAACUCACCUCGCGCGUUCCUCGCCGGAGACGCCUCCAGCGAAUCUGCUGGAAAGCAGCUGCCGCCAUCAUAUCUGCCAACAAACGGCCUGUUGGCGGCCAAACUAUACGACCCGUUGUUCUUUGGGCUUGCGUCUGACCCCUUCUAUGCCUGCGACGCAGCCUAUGCUCAUGAGGUCAAGGCUUACAAGCAACUGGAACCACUCUGGGGCACUACGCUCCCUCGCUUCCAUGGGUCCUAUACCUUCGAUGUUUCGCUCGUCGGGAAAGACGUGAAAACGGGAUCCGUGCGGGCAAUUAUAUACGAGUUUGUCCCUGGCACAGUAUUGGGGUCUCUCGAUGAGAAUCCCGGAGCGUUGAGGUUGAGCGAUCGCCAGCGCAAGGCCAUCAUCGCGAAUAUCAUCGACGCCGACAGUCAGAUGUGGCAGCUGGAUGUCGACAAAUAUGACCUGAAACCAACAAUAUCGUUUCCAGGCAGCUUCAUGUGGUUCGUGAACUAG